AUGAGUAAGUCUUCGAAGCUCUGCCGGAAGACGUCCUGUCCCCGGAGUAAUAUUUUCUGCAACCUCAUCGACCGCAUCGUCAAGAGGCCGUCGCUGCAGUUCUUGGGCCAGUGGGGCUACCACUGCUAUGAGCCCAGGAUCUACCGGACGCUGGCCAAGAUCCUCCGGUAUGUGGACCUGGAGGGCUUCGAGGUGCUCCUCACCGACUAUAUCACGUUCGUGGAGAAGUCGGGCUACCGCUUCGAGCUCAACUUUAACCUCGAAUUCACCGAGAUAUGUGUGAACACGAUUCUGUACUGGGUCUUCGCCAGGAAAGGGAACCCCGACUUUGUGGAGCUGCUCCUGAAGAAGACCAAAGACUACGUCCAAGACAGAAGCUGUAACCUGGCCCUCAUCUGGAGAACUUUCACGCCGGUGUACUGCCCGAGCCCUCUGAGCGGCAUCACUCCUCUGCUCUACGUCGCUCAGACCAGGCAGUCGAACAUCCUAAAGAUCCUCCUCCAAUAUGGCAUCCUGGAGAGAGAGAGGAAGCCCGUGAACAUCGUGCUGACGAUCCUGCUGUACCCGUCGCGAGUGAGGAUCAUGGUGGAUCACGAGCUCGUGGACAUCCGGGAAGAUGCCAAAACGUGCCUCGUGCUGUGCUCUCGAGUGCUGUCGGUCAUUCCGGUGCGGGAGAUCGAGGCGCAGCUGAGCUUGGGAAGGCGGCCGAUCGUCUCCAAUUGGCUGGACUACAUUCCCGCGACGCGCUACAAAGACCCGUGUGAACUCCUCCAUCUUUGUCGACUGACCAUCCGAGCUCAGCUCCUCACCAACAAUAUGCUCCCCAACGGAAUAUUUUCACUUCUCAUUCCUGUUCGCCUACAGAACUACCUGAAUUUAGAAAGCUAA